UUCAUGGUUGCCAAGGUUCCGCAGCAGAUUGCUCUGUUUGAAUUAGGGUAGGAAUCAUGAAAGCAGCUGGAGCAGAGACUGUAAGGACUUCAAUAAAGCCUAGGAUUUCACGACUGCCUGCUAAUGUACAGUGACUACAUGGAUGAGGAAGCUCAGAAAUGUUUUGGAAAGUCUUAUCCACACUGUCACAGUUUCAAGGUGUAUGUGGCUUGUCAGUCAAUGCUUAUUGUGCUUGUGGGAGCUGUGCCUGAAUAUCAUAUAGACCAAGAAGGAAUUCCAGCAAACAGAGCUGAGCUUUCCAAGCAUAUUCAUUUCGUGGACAACUUCACCUCUAUAGUAACUGAGUGGUACCUAAUUGAACAAGAAGCCUAUAAAGUAAGCCUUGCUUCAUCCCUAUUUUUUGCUGGAUUGCUUAUUGGAAAUGUCACGUUUGGCCCUUUGUCAGACAAGCUGGGCAGGAAACCAGUAUAUAUCUCAGGUCUAUUUUUGGAUGUCAUUUUUGGGUAUGUCACAGCAUUAGCCCCAAGUUACGACAUAUUUGCAGUUUCACGUUUUUUUGUUGGAAUUGUGAAUGGUGGAAUGGCUCUCGUGUCUUUUGUCCUAACACAAGAAUAUGUAGGAAAAUCAUUUUGGUCAUUUACAGGUUCAUUAACUAAUUUGACAUUUGCAGUUGGCAUUACUGUUUAUGCUUUGCUGGGUUACUGUGUAAGAGAAUGGCGCUACCUUACCCUGGUAUCGAAUACCCCAGGGGUCAUCUUCCUUCUUCUUUCUUUUAUGCUCCCAGAAUCACCACGAUGGUUGUAUUCCCAAGGGAAAAUGGAAGAAGCUGAAGAUGUUUUGCAAUAUAUUGCCUUUGGUAAUGGAAAAGAGAGACUAAAUCUAAAAUUAAAACCAAAUGCAGGAACUUUGGGAAAGGAUGUAUCAGCACCUGGUAUCCUUAACUUAGUAAAACACCCCAUCCUUCGGUGGCGAACUGUCAUACUGAUGUACAUCUGGUAUGUCUGCAGCUUUGUGUACUAUGGACUAACUUUAAAUGCUGGUGAAUUAAGAGGAAAUCUGUAUUUAAAUGUGGCUCUUUCUGGUCUUGUGGAAGUUCCAGCAUUUCCUCUCUGCAUGUUUUUUAUUGAGAAAUCCUGGUCUGGAAGACGUAAAACUAUGACACGUUUUCUGAUAUUUGCAGGAUUUGCCUGUGUAUUAACCAUGUUUGUACCAACAAAUGCAGGUCUGCUCUUCAGUCCUACUUUGUUAGCUUUGUGUGGAAAAAUGAUGGUCAGUGCUGCUUUCAACAUCUUGUAUAUUUAUACAUCUGAACUGUACCCGACAGUACUGAGAAAUGCUGGCUUGGGUGUCUGUUCCAUGUCUUGCAGAUUUGGAGGCAUUUUGGCUCCAUUUGUGCCAUCUAUGAAAUCUCUUAGUCAUUCUGUACCGUUUGUGGUGUUUGGAAUCACUGGACUGUCAGCGGGAUUCCUGACUCUCCUUCUGCCAGAAACACUGAAUAAGCCAAUUGCUGAAAGCAUUGAAGAACUCCAGAGCCCCAAAUACCAAGUGCUUAAAAGUAAAGAGGCAGUGUUAGAAGAAAACACUUAAGUUUCAGAAGGCUUGUCUGUGAUGGAAAAUGCAGCUUCCAUUGACAAGAUUCUCGCUCUAUGUAUCUGACAGGAAAUGUUGGAGCACUCGUGCCAUAAUGCUGUUUGUAGCAUGUUAAACAGUUUUAUGUGGAGGCAAAUUGAGAAGAUGGAAGAAGUUGAUCAAAGGUUGUGAGAAAAGAUGACAAAUUGGUGCAUUAAUGACUUGGCAGACUGGAGAUGUUUGGACUUCUUUACUGCUCCUUAAAAUGAAGUAUUAAUUUAUUUUACAAAAUGCAAUUGCUUGCUUCAGAUGAAGCUAUAAUGUUGUCAUUGAAGUUAUGUGCAUAAUUUAAAAUUUAGAUGGCCUUAUAUAUGCAGGCAAGCUGUAAUCGUGAAAAGUAACAGCAUCCUGUAUAUACUAAUUUUCUCUACAGAUUUUUUUUUCCUCUAAAUUACAGUAUACCUCACAACUUGAAGAGACCAAAGAUUUCUAUAGGUUAUUUGCCUUAAUGUAGCUAGCAUAAGAAACCUGAAUAGAAGGAGAUCUGAAAGGGGAGUAUAAACAGAUUUUAUUGUGGGAGUAUAUAAUUUUUUUAUACAGUUGUACAUGAAAAGAUAUAUAAAGUUAAAAAUAAUACUAUAUUGGAAAAAUUAUGUCAGGCCUUUAAGAGGACGCUUAAAGGAGAGAAUGAGUAACUUUCUAGGCAAAGGUUAUGUAAUUCGAGUUGUAAAUGUGGAACUAGAAAUUACUGAAUAGGUCAUGUAUUGUAUAAUAUAUAUAAUAAUAUGUAAUCCAAUACGUUUACAUAUGAGUUGGAAAUUGUUCCUGCAAGAGGGGAGGGAGUGUUUGGUUAACAGUUAAUACAUAUAUGUUGAAAUAGAUGCAUCACAUUAUAAUUUCCUGACAGCCAACACAGUUUUGUUAUUAAAAAAGAAAAUUAUGUAACAUGGGUACUAUGAGUGCUGCUUUUUCCAGGACGUUUACCCAGACUUUUUUGAAGACCACUUGUAUUACUUUGAUUUUGGCUCCCUAUCUAAUGUUUCUGAUAGGAAAAGGUCAAUUAAAGUCCUCUGUAUUUCGAGGAAGUUCCAUAGUCAUAUAAUAGUUCUGCAAAUGAACAUGCACCCAUGCAAGUGUAUGUGGACUUAUGCAUACAUGUAUGCACAAAUAAGCAGGUUGCUCUACCGAGAUGUCUCAAAGAAAUCUGUGCUGUGUCUGUGUGUGCUGUACAAAUGGCCUGAUAGAUCCCCAAGAGGUGAAAAUCAAUUGGCAAUCAGAACAACAUUUAGAUAAUCCUGAUGUACAGGAGGAUUGCAUGUACAUUUAUUUAACCUUUGGGGCUGAAGCUUGAUGGCAAACAACUUACAGAAUAUGCUGCAAACCCUUAUCUUCUGCUCAUUUAUUUAUUCAUCAUUUUUGUAAUUUUUCACUUUCAUGAGGAUUAGAAUUAAAUCUGUGAAUUUCCUUUUUCUGAA